AUGACGCGGUUAGCAUUAUUAGCAACGGUCGCCGUGUGCGCAUUGGCAGGCGCCGCACCACCGGCCUCUCAGUUCUACCAGCAGGCGUCACAAAUCCAGCAAAUCAACCCAUUAGACUACUAUUUGGACAACGAGGAGGUGACAAAUUUCUACAAUCAUGGCCAACAGAAACAAGGUAAUUUGGCAUCAAACGGAGCACCAGCCCGGCUGGAGACCUUGGAGCCGGACAGCGAAGUGGAACUGAUCCCGGGAGCUCAGCAACCUCAACCUCCGCAACAGAAUCCUGUUGCUCCUAACAUUCCCGGGCUUCUUCCUGGUCAAAGGGUGUUCAUAGUCCACAUGCCUGUUCCCGGUUACAGGCCGGGCACUAUAGGAGGCUACCAGCCCGUCUACAUCGUCGCCGCUGGCCCGCAGGAUAACCCGUACGCCUCUAACGGCUUCCAGAACACUGUUCUGCUGGACCCGUCAGGACAAGUAGUUUCUCCAGGAAGGCGUGGACCUCUGUUGCUCGGAGCGCCCCUCUCAUAUAGACCCGUGGACUUGAUCUACCAAAACCCAGUUGGAGCUUACCAAAGUCAAUCAGGACAGGCUCAGGGUAGAGGAAGUUUCACUUCGCAAGAUGCCUUACAAGCGCAGCGUACUACAUCUGGAGCCAACUCUGAAGCCAAUUCGAGCAAUUCCGAAAAACCGGACCGAGAGUCCGAAAAUCUGAAGACCAAAGAGAAUCUAGAAGAACCAAGAAGGAACGCGAGACCAAUACCUUCUAUAGCUUCUAAGAACACAGCG